CGCGCAGAGCGACCGCGACAGCCAGAGACAGAGAUACAACUUGCACGAUAGUAAUAGCGCAUACGAUUCAGUGUCAAAGGUACUAUAAUCUAGAAGCCCACUUACGAGGUCUAUGAUGAGUAGUGGCAGCAUCAUAAGCACUGGCGCAAAUCAAGAACAUUCAGAAAUCCAGCGCAAACGAUCUGGGAGCUGUUCAAAGUGAAGUUUUCACAACAAUACAAUUCCAAACGACAAUUUCCCAAACUGCUGUCUUUGGACUGAUAAGUGUAAAUUAGAGGAAAACCGCGACACACGGAGCCAAGGUGUUAUUGGACUAUUUUUAUGUUCACAAAAGAUGAGAACUGAAAAUCCACAUCUUCUACUAAUAGUGUAUCUGUGCUGGGGGAGCCAGGGACAGCCGACAGAAUCUGCUCCUUCCGUCACUAACGUUACAGUGGGAGGGAGCUUCCAGUUUCCCUUCAUACCUGAUGGGAACCAAAGCUACAGAGUUGACCUGAAAUUUAACUCCAUGGUGCUGAUUGCUACAUCGACCUUUCAGUCACCCCCAAUUAUAAAUGUAAACUACAACGGAAGAGUGAAGAUUCUGGAAAACCUGAUACAGCUGGAUAACGUUCAGCUUUCAGAUUCAGGUUUUUAUGAUCUGAAUAUAGGUUACCUUUCACAAUCAACAAGUCAACUAAGAAGGUUUAUCCUUCAGGUUUAUGAGCCAGUGUCUAAACCCAGUAUAACCGCUGAGUGUCUGGGCAGCAGUGUCACUCUGACCUGCACUAGUAGUCAGGGGACCAAUGUGGAGUACAGCUGGGACACUGCGCCCCCUUGUGGAGAGAGCUGCUUAGUGCAUCUUGGUCCUGUUGUACAGAUACCCUUCUCUGAUGCAUGGGACUCCAUAUAUUAUACAUGUACGGCUUGGAAUGAGGUCAGCAAUGAGACCAGUGACCCUUUGGAGCUGAAUUUAUGCCCCAUAGAGCCAGCAGGUUUUAAUUGGAUCAUAGCCCUAUUGAUAGUGAUACCAACAUUGCUUCUGGCUGGAGCUGUGAUCUACAUACACAGGAGAAGCAAAAGAGGAUCAAAUACAGCAGAUACACCAGCCCCAGUUACAGAUGGAUUCCUGUCACCAGCCCCAGUUACAGAUGGAUUCCUGUCACCAGCCCCAGUUACAGAUGGAUUCCUGUCUCCAGCCCCUACAAUAGAGCCUGUGUACAUACAGGAGUUGCGAUUUUCCUCACGUGCAGUUCACAGUUAGUUAGUCUCUGUAGGUGACUGAAUUCACUCCUGCACGUCUUAUAUAAAGCAGCUGUUCACACUACAGAAACUGUGAAAUAUCUCAGAAGGCACACAUAUGAACCACGGCUAAAAUGGAAAAUGGAAUCAGAGCAUCUUAACACACUGGGACAAAUAAUACUUGCUAGAUUCAGCUUAAUUUGACCUGAAUAUAGAGUAAUAACCUGCAGAAGCAGAGUUUGCUUCCAUGAUGCAUUACUGACCUACAGCAUUAAAGCUGCAGAGUGGUUUAACAUCUCAAGAGAACGAACUGUGGGCUGAGCUGUAUGUUUCAGUGCUUUGAACGGCUGUGAAUUUACACCCUAUAGACAAAGACAACGCUGCUGCAAUGUGUUAAGCUGCACAGUUAGAUGGUCAAUGUGGUCAAUGUUGCAGGUUAGCUUGCAUCGCCCACGUGGAAACCUCCGGAAAGAGGGUCUCAGGCACGUCGUGCAAACCAGGCACGGCUGCAGGUGGUAAAGGCAACAGUUCUUUGGUGAAUAAAAUAAGCAGUUCAAAUAAUUUUUUUUUAUCUUUGUUCUAAAAGAAAAUAUAUGCAAGUUGUAAUUUUAUCAUUAUGUAGAACAUUUCAAUUAUACUAGAAUCUCCCCUUGGGAUCAAUAAACGUUCCCCUGACCUUGCCUGCAUGUGGGAAUAAAGAUUCUGUUAUUUUCUAAAUGUCUACUUGAUAGAAAAAGCCUGGGUUAUAACAAUGUGUCAAUGAACCUCACAACCAGUGUUAACUUUAGUAAGAAUUUCUAUUUAGUUUUAGCCUUAGUCACUUACUGAAAAUUAUAGUUGGAUCAAAGUCACAUUUUAGACUUUUGUUUUUGUUUUGUUUUAGUUAAGAUUUAGUCAGUAAAACUCAGGUUUCAUUUUAAUUUAAUUUUAGUCAAUUUGUAGUCAAAAUUUUCUCAGACAAUUUUGUAAUACUGAAAUGUAUUUUGCUGAAGGAUAUUUUCCCAUGCUGUAUAAAUUCCCUUGAGAAGCAAGCACACCUUAUACAUAAGCACACCCUAUGAUGCUUAAUUAUCUAGGUUGGGAAUGUGUUACUGAGGUACUGUACUUCUUUCAUAUAUAAAAAUAAAUGCCUAAAGUCUGUUAGAAAAAGUACAAUACAAUCCUAUUUCCUUCACAGGUCAUAUUUAUUUUCUGAAUACCUCAAUAGCAUACUUUUCCCUGUUUCAUUUUUGUUAUUUGGCAUUAAAAUACCCAUCAAAUUUAAUUGUAUGCCCAUUUUAUACUUUAAUAAUGUUUAUUAUUAGGGCAACAAAACACCCGUGAAACACCUAUUUAACCGUGUGCAAAACCUGUCUUCACAAUUGAUAAUAACCCUUCUUCAAAAACAGAAAGCACAUAAUACAAUAAAAUUGCUGAAGUGACAAAAAGGGAUAUUAGUGUGUCAUUUAGAAUUUUUAGAAUUAGGUUGAUCAGUGAUCAUUGUUGACACACCACAGCACACUGUGCACAACAACUAAAUGUGACAUCAUAUGUCAGAAAAAGUCGCCCCUUUGACAGAGCUGUAAAACUUUAUAUUGUUCCGUAGUUAAUAGGUAAAUAUGCAGGAAGUAAGCAGCAACAAAGCAGUAGUGCUUCAUUAACACCUAAAUUAGUACUAUUCACUACUAAGGAGUUAUGCUUAAUUACUCAAUAGGUAAUAGUGAACUAAUUAUUAUAGUAGUUCGCUAGUACUUCAUUAGGAGCUAUUGAGUAUUGCAGGUCUCAUUGGGGAUUAUCUACUAACUAUGGAUUAUUUCUAAUAACUACUAGUUCAUUACUCGUCAAAUGAACAGUGCUUUUUUUAGACUAACUGGGAUGUAUAUGCUACUGUUCUCAAUGGUUUUUGGCAUUCUUUUCCUUUUGGAAAAACAGCCUUGUUUCUUCCUACUUGUUUGUAUGACAUACAACUUAUUCUACAAAAAGUUACUGCCUAAAAUAUGUAUACAGUACAUACAUUUUAAUUGUUGACCUCACUUCAGUCUGUGCCAGUGUUCUUCAAACUGUGCUUUGAAGUCCAACUGAAGGGAUGGUCAAUCAGAGAUUCGUGUUUUGCCACAUGAUGUGCUCCACCACAUAUUGUUGAUCUUUUCUAAACAUUAAGAAAUUAAUGUA